CAAGCCAGGGUAGUGAACCUUGCCCUGGAGACCUGUGACAGCAGGGACAGAGACACUGUCCUUGGCUACAACAUGGCGGGCCCGCUGUGCCUCGUCCUGCUCAGUGCCUCCCUGGCAGGCCUCCUGCUGCCAGGAGGAAGCGUGUUCCUGAGCCGGGACCGCGCGCACGGCCUCCUGCACCGCGUCCGCAGGGCCAACUCGUUCCUGGAGGAGCUCAAGAAGGGGAACCUCGAGAGGGAGUGCAGGGAGGAGAGCUGCUCCUUCGAGGAGGCCCGGGAGGUCUUCGAGGACGUCGAGCGGACGACUGAAUUCUGGAAUAAAUACAAAGAUGGCGACCAGUGUGACAGCAAUCCUUGCCUGAACGAGGGCAAAUGUAAAGAUGGUCUUGGGGAAUACACGUGCACCUGUUUGGAAGGAUUCGAAGGCAAAAAUUGUGAACUUUCCAUGCGGCAGCUCUGCAGCCUGGACAACGGGGACUGUGACCAGUUCUGCAGCGAGGAGCGCAACUCUGUGGUGUGUUCCUGUGCCAGUGGAUACAUCCUGGGCGACAAUGGCAAGUCCUGCAUCUCCACAGAGCCUUUCCCCUGUGGGAAACACACUCAGGGACGCGGGAAGAGGGCGGCGGACCAGGCCACUCAGAGCCAUGAGGAUCCCUCCCAAACCGACAUUCUGGAGCAGUACAACCCUGGAGACCUGGCUCCCACCAAGAGCCCCGGCGAUCUGCUAGGAUCCAAUAAGACGGAGACGAACGCAGAGAACCAGCAGAAUCUGGUCCGGAUAGUGGGCGGGAAGGAGUGCCAAGAGGGCGAGUGUCCCUGGCAGGCUCUGCUCAUCAACGAGGAAAACGAGGGGUUCUGUGGAGGCACCAUCCUGAACGAGUACUAUAUCCUCACGGCGGCUCACUGUCUCCACCAAACCAGGAGAUUCAAGGUGAGGGUAGGUGAUCGGAACAUGGAGGAGGAGGAGGGCAACGAGAUGGCGCACGAGGUGGAGAUGAUCAUCAAGCACAACAAGUUCAUCAGGGAGACCUACGACUUCGACAUCGCUGUGGUCAAGCUGAAGACACCCAUCACCUUCCGCAUGAACGUGGCACCCGCCUGCCUGCCUGAGAAGGACUGGGCCGAGUCCACGCUCAUGACACAGAAGUCGGGCAUCGUGAGUGGCUUCGGGCGCACCCACGAGAAGGGCCGCCCCUCCGCCACCCUCAAGAUGCUGGAGGUGCCCUACGUGGACAGGAACACGUGCAAGCUGUCCAGCAGCUUUGUCAUCACCCAGAACAUGUUCUGCGCCGGCUACGACUCAAACCCAGAGGAUGCCUGCCAGGGGGACAGCGGGGGUCCCCACGUCACCCGCUUCAAGGACACCUAUUUCGUCACUGGCAUCGUCAGCUGGGGAGAAGGGUGUGCACGCAAAGGGAAGUACGGGGUUUACACCAAGGUCACCAGCUUCCUUAAGUGGAUCGAUAGGUCCAUGAAAGCUAGGGGCGGGGCCCAGGCAGAGCGGGCAGCCCCUGUGCCUCACCCCCAUUAAAGUCAUUCCACCCCAAGA